AAACACGAACUCAUCUCACACACGUUUACAGAGGGGAGAGUUCUGGGUUUUUCUCAGAACAAUUUGUUUGGAAAGGUAGAAAAGAGGAAUCAGUGAAUUAAUUUCAUAAUUUGGUAGUAAAUAAAAUUGUUACAAAAGUUAAUUUGGGAUUGUGAAGUAGAGUAGUGAUGCAUGUUUUCACCAGGAUUUCUAUGGCAACAAUAAUAGAAGAAUAAUAAAAUAAUUCAAAGGAGGAAGAAGAUGAUGAAGCUGCAUGCUCAAAGCUUCUUCACCUUCUUCUUCUUCUUCUUCUCAAUCUUACUUUUUUAGCUUUCUUAUUGAAUUUUAAUGGCAACUUCUCACCCUCAGCACCGCUGCGUCUUUGGUUAGUUCCCCUCUCUCCCUCUAUCUCUCCAUGGUUAUAUUCGAACCUUUUUUUUGCAAAGUUGAUUCAAUUGGAAUUCUGUUAUUCAUCAGAAACUGGGAAUUUGAUAAAUGGGUUUUUUUGUUCUGAUUUUCGGGUUUUUUGGCAGUUGGGAAUAUACCUUAUGAUGCAACUGAAGAACAGCUGAAAGAAAUUUGUGAGGAGGUGGGCCCUGUUGUUUCCUUCAGAUUAGUAAUUGAUAGAGAAACUGGGAAACCAAAAGGUUACGGAUUUUGUGAGUAUAAGGAUGAGGAGACGGCUUUGAGUGCACGCCGGAAUCUUCAGGGGUACGAGAUAAACGGACGACAAUUACGUGUUGAUUUUGCUGAAAAUGAUAAAAAUGCUGACAGGAAUCGCGAACAGAGAUGAGAGGGGCAAGGUCUAAUUGCCCACAAAUGAAGAAUGAAGCAUCUGCAGAUUAAUAACACCAACUACAGCGAACCAGAUGCUUGCUGCUUGUAUAUUCACUCAUUGAUUAAAGACAAGACUGGCCAACUACUAGGGGCCGUGGUGGACCUGGAAUGGUUGCAAAUGUUGAUAAUCAAAAACAGUUUGGGGGACCAGCAGUCCUCAAGGAUUCCAGUCUUCUUCAGCCAAUAGGUGUCUCUGUAGCUAUGACUGCUGCAAGUAUCAUGGCACAAGCUCUUGGUGCUGCUCAGACUGGUGGCAUGUCCAAUCAGAUUGGUAUACCUAGUCAGCCAACAUUGGGCAGUGAUCCUUUAACUUUGCAUCUGGCCAAAAUGUCAAGAAGCCAGCUAAUCGAGCUUAUGUCUGAGAUGAAGGCAAUGGCUACACAAAACAAGGAGCAAGCUCGUCAACUGUUACUUGCAUGCCCCCACUUGCCUAAAGCAAUUUUACAGGCAGGGAUAAUGCUGGGAAUAGUACCACCACACAUGUUGCAGAUGCCCAACAUUAGGCAGGUGUCUGCUCCACCAUUGCAGCCUUUACUGCAAGAUGGUAUGCAGAAUCAACUAUUAACAACUCAAAAUGUUCCUGGGCUCCCCCCUCUUCCACAGAAUAAAGGGCAAUACAGUUUGUUGCCCACAGCACAAGAGGGUGCAAUUUCUGCUAGUCGUCCAAAUUCUAUGUUGAAUAACCAGCAUGCUUCGGUAACUCAGUUUCCUAUACAACCUCAAAUUCAGCUUCCACAGCCUAUGCAGAAUAAAGUUUUGCAGCAGAACCAAUUGCCUAUUCAGUCUGGAAAUCCAGCCCUUUCAUUGAUACGCCCUCAAUCUCAGGGCAAUUUCUCAUUUAGACCGCAAAUUCAUGCAGCAGCUUCCUCUUCUUUGAAGCAUCACGUGCAAACUCCUCCUCAGAUGCAACAUUUAGGGCAAGUUACAGCAGCUGCUACCGCAGCAUCUAUUCAAACUUCUCAAUCAAUACAGCCACCGCUGCUGGAUCAAGGCUUUCAGCAGCAUGGUUCUUCACUGUUAUCUGGCAUACAAGAUAGCGUUAAUAAAGAUCCACGCGGACAGGUUAUGAUUUCAAGAGUCAAUGACAGUCUAGAUCCAACAAAUCAGCCAUCAAAACUGGUUAGGUUAAAUGACGGAAGGCCUGUACCUUCGCCCACCGAUGAAAAUAUGGCAACCUCUGCAUCUGGACCAUCUCAGACUUUUAGCAUGACUACAAACCAAGUUCCUAAAGUAGAAGAAGCUUCUGUAUCUGAAAAACAAGCUGUUCAGGUACAGCUUCCUCCUGAUGUGGAGACUGCUCUGCUACAGCAAGUGCUUCUUCUAACACCUGAGCAAGUAAGUUCACUGCCACCUGAUCAGCAGCAACAGGUCAUUCAACUCCAGCAGAUGCUUCGGCAGGCUUCAUAGUGAUUCAAUUGAUGCAUAACGAGUCCCUACUCAAGGGCUUCCAUCCCUGUUUAAUUCAUAGGCCAGAGGGGCAUAACAACACGUAGUUGAUUUUACACUGUAGAGUGAAUGUUUACACAAGAUUUAGCAUAGCAUCCUAAAUGCACGAGAGUUGUGACAUCAAUGUAACGGUUUUACAGGGUUGUAGAUUGCAAUUAAAUCAAAGGAAACACAGAAAAAUUUUGGUUUUAAUGUUUUUGUUGUUCCAUUACAACUUCUGUUUAGUGUAACAUGCAUUUCCUGAAGUGUUAGUGAUUUUUUCUUUCAAUGUUGAACUUUGCACACUAAA